GACCUAGGUAUGCAUUAAUUAUAAUUAAUUAUCCAGCGAUAUGAAUGAAAAGCGUGCCACAACGUUUUACAACGCUAGGUAGUCCAAUAAUGGAACCUCGCACGAAUGUGCAAAAACAGAUUUGACCCAAUUUUUUUUUAGUAAGAAAGCUCCUUUUUUUUUGUAGUGGCCCAAUCUCAAAAUUACGGGACUCGCAGGGUUCAGAAGUGUUUUAAAAGUUUAUUGAUGUUUGGCCAAUUUCACCCCUAAAAAAUGUGUUUAUAAAUCAAGCGUCAAACAUUAAAGGGUCCCUGGGGUAAUUUUUGGCCCAUAAUAUUAGCAAAAUUGUCCGAAAAUAGUCAAGAAAUGUGAUAGGGGCUGAUAUUAUAAAAUUUUAAUCUUCUUUUCGACACGAUUUCGAAGUCUGUGCAUCCGAAAAAAUAUUUUUUGGGCCCAAAACUUUCAAAAAAUUGCACGAAAAUAUCCUUUUGAAAAUUUUUGAUUUCUUUUCUCGUUACAAAUUCAAAAAAAAAAACUGAAAAUUGUUCUGUAAUGUUGAGAACCUAUUCGAAAAAAAUUUUGAAUUUUUUUCACUUCCAAAUCAUGUACUUACAAGAAUGUGAAAAAAUAAUAAAUUGAAUUUAGUCAAGAAUAUACCAGCAGGUCAAAUUUCAAAUGCAGAACCCCAUUUUCUGAUUUUUGGUGGAUUUUGGCCAAAUCGAAUUUGGCCCAUUUUCCCAACAAUUUUUUUUUUACGUAAUAUUCUAACUCCAGCAACUGAACACUUGUGACCUCUGUUACUGGACAACAUGCUAUGUUGGUGGCUUCUUCACUCUCGAGCGUAACCGCUUUGAUAAUAAACCACUCCGCAAUCAGCUCUGGUCAUAACAAAGAUGAGUCAAGUACCUGUAACAAAAAAAUCUAUUCAUUUUGUAGCCAAAAUGUUUUUUUUUUCGCUUUUAUUUGUUUUUUUUCUUUUAUUUCUGUCCACUAAAAGAUACUGGUCGGUAAUUCUUUUCAAUUUUUCACGCUGUUUUGGUUCUUUUAUGCUCGAGUUUAGAAUUCGAUGCCUAUUUUUACCUGAAGAAGAGGUGUAAAGGAAAUGUACAUAGAUAAGACGAAGAAGCAGGUAAAACUCAGGCUGAUGAGAUUUACUUUUUAGAUACGCAUUACAAUGAAAUUCGUCUGUAAAAGUAAAAAUUGUUAACAAAUGUUUUCUGACAUUGCAUAACAACAAGUACGAGUACCUACGAAUUGUCAAGAUGUACACCGGUAAAUGUCUUCGUCUGCCCACUCAUCCGAGUGCCGAGUCAAUGACGUCUUCGAUCAUACAGCUUGCCUCGUGCUUGUAUUUAUUUGGAACCGGUUACAACGGAACCAGAUGACGAAUGGCGGGGUACCAGGUACCAUACUAUAUUUUCAAGGUUGGAGGAAAUUUUACUCAUAAGUCGAUCGAGUUUUUGAAAUUUUUCGUUUAAAUACAUAAUGUCCAAAUAUAUAAGUUAUCUACGUCGACCAGUGUUACUGUUUCGUCAUGGUUUGUGAAAAAAGUUUGUGCUCGUGAACACAAGGUCGAUUUGUGAUAAAGAAAUCUCAGUUGUGAACAAAGAUGCGGAAUUAUCGAUAUUAAGUAAUGCAGCAAUGGAGUGGAUUAUCCACGUAUAGUUUUCAUUUUCAUUUUCAAUCAUGUUUUCUAUUGGCUGUGAUGUAACAUUUAGAAAAAACUCAUAUUUAAAUUAGGAAUGUGCUUAGUCUCAUUGCACCGGAAAUUCCGUCGGAAAUUAUGCAUUUUAUUGUCCCUGCUGCUUUUUGUAUUUUCCUUUAUAACGCUGGAUACAAUUUGGCAACAUUUUCACGAAAUACCAAAUUCUAGUCAAUACAAAAAUCAUUUGCGAAACCAGCACUCCUCAUUGAAGGAUAUUCACGUCAUAGUAGGGCAUUAUUUAGGAGAAAAUGACGGUGAUGGGCUUCAGUCAACCAAUCUAACAGAUGAAUUUCUCAAUACAAAUAAGUUCGAUCCUAAACCGAAAGAAGGCGAAAAUGGGCGAGCUGUGAUAAUACCAUCGUAUUUAUCCGCUCGAAUGCGCCAACUUUUCCGCAUUAAUAGAUUUAAUCUGAUGGCCAGCGAUAGAAUUCCGCUCAAUAGAUCACUUCCGGAUGUUCGAAAGAAAAAGUGCUUGAAAAACGUGUAUGAAAUAAAGCCAGAUGAAACCGUUUCUGUAAUAAUUGUAUUUUACAACGAGGCUUGGUCCACCUUACUAAGGACUGUUACCAGCGUGAUAAAUCGUUCGCCGAGGCAUUUGUUGAAAGAAAUCAUCUUGGUAGACGAUGCAAGUAACAGAGAUUUUUUGAAACAACCUCUGGACGAUUAUGUUUCCAAACUCUCCACCGUCACCUAUGUGAUCCAUUCCAAUGAAAGAAAAGGUCUGAUCCGUUCGAGAUUGCUGGGAGCACGUCAAGCAAAAGGAAGUAUUUUGGUGUUUUUGGAUGCCCAUUGCGAAUGCACAGUUGGUUGGUUGGAAAGCUUAGUUCAUCACGUUUCAUCAAAUAAAACAAGAGUCGCUUGUCCUGUCAUCGACAUAAUAAGCGAUGAGACAUUCGCUUAUAUUAGAAGUUUUGAAAAACAUUUGGGUGCAUUUAACUGGGAUCUUCAUUUUCGUUGGUACGCUACAGAUAGACACAUGGAUAAUCCUGUGCAGCCGUUCAAAACUCCAGUAAUGGCCGGUGGACUAUUUGCUAUUAAUAAAGAAUAUUUUUUCGAAAUAGGCGCUUACGACGACCAGAUGGAGAUCUGGGGCGGGGAAAAUUUAGAAUUAUCUUUUCGGAUUUGGCAAUGUGGAGGCAGUAUUGAUAUUGUGCCAUGUUCACAUGUUGGUCACAUUUUUCGAAAAUCUUCUCCAUACGUAUUUCCAGGAGGUGUUUCAAAAGUUUUGUAUUCAAAUUUAAUCCGAGUAGCACUCGUUUGGAUGGAUGACUGGGGCGAAUUCUAUUUGAAAUUUCAUCCUGAGACAAAAUUGAUAAAAAAUGAGCUAGAUGUUCGAGAGAGAAAAGAACUCAGAAGAAAAAUGCAAUGCAACAAUUUUGAAUGGUAUUUGGAAAAUGUGUGGAAUCAACGUUUCAUGCCCAUGAAAAAUAGAAUAUUUGGAAAGAUUCGUCAUUCUGUGUCUGGUUUAUGUUUGGAAAAACCAACUGGCAAAAGCUUUCAUAAUCAACCUACAGGAGUGGCCUCAGUUAGCGAAUGUUCGUCAAAUCUGGAUCUCUUUCAAAUGUUUGUUUUGGCUCGUUACGAGUCGCAAAAUAAUUCAGUCAGUAUUGCUACCGAUGAAUCUGUUUGUUUGGACGUUGUAAGAGAGGCAAAUGCUGAUAAGCUAAAAGUAUUUUUCUCCGCUUGUACCAAUUCGAAUAAACAAAAAUGGAUUUAUAAUGUUGACGAACUCUUCAUCAAACACCAAUCUACAAAUCUAUGCGUUGAAGUUGCUCCAAACGAACGUUAUUUAAUUUUAAGUAACUGUACAAGAAACGUAAACCAAAAAUGGAACUUGCAAUUAAUACCUUGGAAAUAAAAUAUAAACUCGU